AUGGACGGUCGUUUGAAAGACCCCAACGUCGCAUGUGACGGGAUAACGACGCUCGAUUCAAGUACAAUUGCAGAUAUCAAUACACUGGCAGCAUUCCUGAGCAACUGCGAACUCGAGGAUCUUUCCUCGGUGCCUUCAGCUGACUGUAUUGUUCUGUGCGCAUCACAAGUUCUAUAUGGGGCUGAAAAGAUCUUCGAUACCCUCCAAGCGAGGCCUGGCUUGGCCAAGUGUCUGGUACUUUGUGGCGGCAUUGGCCAUUCGACAAACUUACUCUACAGCGCUGUCGGACAACAUCCACGCUACUCGAGACUCUUUCACUCGAUCCAAGACUUACCAGAAGCUAGAGUGUUGGAGAAGAUUCUAAAUGAAUUUUUCGACCGAGCGGCCAUUGAGGCAGACGGAUGCCGUAUCCUGAUUGAAGAAAAGUCCACAAAUUGUGGGCAAAAUGCAUCUGAAAGUCGCCAGGUUCUCAGCCAGGCAGGCUUCUCUGCCCCGUCGACAUGUAUCAUUGCUCAAGACCCGACAAUGAUGCUACGAACAAAAGCCUCCUUUGAACGAGUCUACCAAGAUGCGCCUUUCUCUGUUGAAUUUCUAAGUUGCCCGUUGUUGGUGCCGAAGUUGCACAUAUCCAAGGCUGGCGUAUUGGAAUACCAGAACAAGACCAUCGUUCCUGGGAUGUGGACAUUCGAUCGCUUCAUUGAGUUGAUCAUGGGGGAGAUACCGAGAUUAAGAGACGACGAGGAGGGCUAUGGUCCCCGCGGACGGGACUUCAUUUCGCAUGUUGACCUCCCAUCUGAGAUCGAGGCAGCCUGGUCUCGCCUGUUUGACACGUUCAAAGAUACAAAAGUCCUGCAGCGGUAG